AUGUCCGUGUCUAGGAAUAACUCCCUGCUCCGUCUCGGCACGGCCUCGCGUUCCCAGUCGCGUCGGCCCUCGCGCCCACGCACGUCGCGCGACCCCUCUCGCGCGUCCAUCCCGUAUCUUCCCCAGGGCCCUGAGGCGCUGAUCAACCCCGACGGGCAGAUCGGCGAAGACGCCGUAGAGCUCCUCCAGGAGUUCGUCCAUCCGCACCGGCACGAGUCCGAGAGCACCCUCGUCGAGGAGGUACCCGAGGAGGACGACCAGGCCCCGGACUCCCAUGCGACGUGGAGACAGAGUCUGCCGUGGUGGAAGAGGCCGUCUCCGAUGUGGUUCCUCAUCCUCAUCCCCUUGGCUUCAGUUGCCAUGUCGGCGACUAUGGCCCCUCGUAUCGAGAUAUACACCAGGCUGGUGUGUGAUGCGUAUAGACCGGAAUAUACCGUAGGACGCGGUAAGGAUCGUCUUCCUAACCCAGAUGUUGUGUUCAGCCCCUCUGUCAUACUCGACGACAAGACCUAUGAGCUAUGCGUCGCAGACCCAGUUGUCCAGAAGGCUGUCGCGAAGCUAUCCUUGUCUAUGAUCACAACGAUGGGUGUAUUGGGCUGCCUGACUACGGGAUGGUGGGGUUCGCUCUCAGAUAGGUUUGGCCGCAUGAAAGUGAUGGGGUUUGCUGCCUUCGGCAUCCUCAUCACGGACUUCACCUUCAUCUUCGUAGCGAAAUUCUCGAGGGCGCUUCCGGGUGGCUAUCAUUUCCUCCUACUUGGACCUCUUGUUGAGGGUUUACUCGGCGGCUUUAGCACCGUGUCAGCAGCUAUACAUGCAUACAUCGCGGACUGCACGGACUCUGCUACACGCGCGCGUGCAUUCUCGCUCUUCGUUGGGCUGAUGUUCAUAGGCGUGAGCAUCGGGCCCUCGGCCGCGAGCUUGCUCAUCAGCGCGACCGGUACCGUGCUCUCCGUCUUCUACGUCGCCGCCGCAGUGCACAUCGCGUACAGUAUUGUUAUCUGGUUCGUCAUCCCCGAGUCGCUUUCGCCCGCGCAGAGGGCACAGGCGAGGAAGCUGCAUGAGGAGGAGCUCUCGCAACUGCAGGCAGCGCGUGCCAAGGGCGGCGCGGGCGUGUGGCUGCGGUGGGCAUUCGGGUUUCUCUCACCGCUCACACUGUUCUUCCCGUCGGCCAAGAGCGCCAACGUUGGAACGAGCGGUGCCAAUCCGCUGAAGACCAAGAGACAAGGAUUGGGGCUGGUACUGGUCGCCGGGGGGUAUGUAUGCAUCAUGAUGUUGAUGGGAUCCCUGACAUCCAAGAUGCAAUACACUACUCUGGCGUUUGGCUGGGAUUCCAAGAAUAUCGGCUAUUGGACGAGCAUAAUCGGCGCGGCCCGAGCGUUUCACCUCACUGUAGUUCUUCCCAUCGCAAUCUACCUCUGCCAACCGAAGACUCCUGCGAUUCACCUGCCGGUCGAGCCCGACGAACCACUUUCCCCUACCGCGGAUUCCUCCCCGGCCACCGCGCGCCCCGCCUCGGAAGUAGAUGCCCCGCACUCGGCACCGCCUGUGUCUCCGCGCCGCCACCACUCGCCCACGUUCGACCUCACCGUCGUGCGCGUGUCGCUCGCCAUCGACUUGGUCGCGUACGUCCUCAUGGCGUCCGCGACGAACGGCACGCUGUACACCGUCUACUCCGUGCUCGGCUCGUUCGGCGGGGGCGCGGCGCCGGCGCUGCAGAGCCUCGCGUCGACGCUGUACGCGCAGAACGGCGGGAAGGAGCUGGGGAAGCUGUUCGGCGCGUUCGGCGUGCUGCAGGCGAUCAGCUCGCAGGUCGUCGGCCCGUCCAUCUACGGCGUGGUGUACUUGCGGACCGUGGCGACGUUCCCGAAGGCGGUGUUCUUCGUGUCGGCGGGGAACCUGGCGCUGGCCAUCGUGCUGCUCUCUUGCAUCCGCUUGCUGCCCACCUCGCAAGGUGACGAGGAGAGCGUGGAAGCGACUGUAGACGUUUCUGCUGUGCGCCGCGAAGAGACGCUGGUGGACGUGCAGGGGCCGCUGAUCGUCGUGGAAGACGAGGACGAACUCCGUGGACGCAAGCCUGACGUCAAGGUGACGGUUACGGCUGCCGAAUAAGCUUUGUAGUGGGUACCGUUCUGUUCUUGUUGUGCCAUGCACGCCUCGUGCAUCUCCCUUCUCUUGCAUCCGAAAUUUGCCACAACAUAGUUAUAAGACAACAACUCGUGUACAAUGUACCUUAGACAUUCCUAUGCAGGCCUUCACUUAGUGGCAGUAUUGUACUCUACUUGUGCUUUACACUAUCUCAACAUAGACGACGCGUUCAUACUCC